AUGGAAAACUUGGGGCCCCUAAUGGUGGAAGUGGGGUUUCCCGCAGGGCGUGGCGAGGCUGGCCUGCCCUUCCUGGUCCCUAUAGUGUCGCCUGCCAUCCGAGCUGGAGCGUUCUGCGGGGUGGGCGCAGGCUGGGCAGUGUCUGCACGUUGCACAGAGGGCCAUGAGGUGCGGGACAGGCUGGGCCACUCGUUGCUGUGCCUGCCAUGGGCGCCGCCCUUGCUGCUGGCGCUGGUGUGGCGCGCGGCGGACGCGCCCAGCUACCCGGCCGCCGAGUCCUGGGAGUGAACGGCGUGCGCCCAGUGUUCCCCUAGCACUGUCGUGCAGCGGCCAUGCCGCUGGGACCGCCUAACGACAUGCGUGGCCUGCCCAUCUUGCCACUAUACUCAGUUCUGGAACUACCUGGAGCUCUGCCGCUACUGCAGUGUCAUCUGCGGGGACAGCGAGGAGGCGCGACCGCGGGGCGCCAGUCAGCCCGCUGCGCCCGGCCUUGCGCACGCUGGCUUCUGCCUGGAGCACGCGCUCCAGCUUACAGAGUGCGGGCCAUGCCCCGCAGGUUCUCAGCCAGCCGCGCGCCGCAAUUGCAGGGCCCGGGGCCUGGCCCUCAACGUGCCCGGCUUCUCCCGCGACGCCCUGCGCACCAGCUGCACUGGCUUCUCGCUUGGCCCCCUGGGCCCAGGUAAGUCAGAGGCUGUGGGGCAGGCAGGGAAGAGCUUGCAAAACUUUGUGGGGUCGGCGCUAGGGCCCCAGGGAGCCUCUUCCCACCGUGGCUAAAUCCGCGCUUAACCUGGGGAUCUCCGAGUAGGGUGUCAAGCACACCCGCCCAAGGUGACAGUGCUUCCUCUGACGCUGGGAAAUAGAGCCAGAAAGCUUGAGGUUCGUUUGGUUUUUUGACAGUACUGAAGUUUGAACUCGGGGCCUCAUUCUCGCUAGGCAGGCACUCAGUCACUUGAGCCGCUCCA